UGCGGAUAGGGGUUUGGCGCGAUUAUUGAGCUAACAACUGCCUGUGGUGCUUUUGGGUUUUUUCUCGUGGGACUCCCUCGCAGUAUGUAUUUAUUAUUUGCUUAGGAUUUUGAAGUCUGCUGUCAGUCUUACAACCGGAAUGUAUCGUCACAGUAAUUAAUCCAUGGGUAUCAGUGGUACCAGUCCCAUCGACAGGGCUGAUACCACUUGUUCGGAAAAAAGCUGAAACUGACAGGCCCGACAAACAUUAACCGUUCCCUCCUAAACAAUUAUAUUCAAUGCUAGUUGCUUGUUUAACAAACAAACUUGGCAUUGGUUUGUUACCAACUUUUGGUCUCCGUGCUCCCGAAUUCAUAAUCAGAAGGCAUCUACUUUCUCCCAGUCGCCCGAUUAGAUUAGAACUGAUUGGUCACCUCCAAAAGGCUUCUGAAUCUUUAUAUGAGCCUGGUCAAAUAUUUUUACACAAGAAAUUUGGUUAUCGUGGUAUUGUGCUACAGUGUUGGAAGGGAAAGCUGUUCGAUCGUAAUCUACAAUCUACGAAAUCAGUGUAUGUUUACUUUACUGUUUGCUAGUCUGAUUUAGAGAACUGACGUCUCAUGAAUUUCCAAAGGGAGAAGAAUCUGAAAUGAAUGUUUACCAAGUUCUAACGGAUCAAAGUGACACUGAAAUUUGUAAUUCUGCUUUAAAACAUGGUAUUACUUUUUUACCUGAUGACAAACGAGCGUUUAAUGCUAUAUAUAUAGUGUCAGAAAUGGAUUAUGUUUUCCAUGAUGAUAUCAUACCUUACGUUCCGCAAGAUGCAUCGCCAAUUAGAAAUCAAUAUUUUAAUCCACCAUUUAUUCCAACCGAUCAUUUAAGACGCUGGAUUGAGGCGCGAAAGCAAAGUCUAGAAGUUACAUCGAUCCACCGUGAAGUAACCGAAGGUGUUCAAACGACAGUAAUGCCUUUUUACAUGGGCCGUCGAGUAACAGAGGAUAGAAAAGAAAAUGAUGUACGCUACUGGCGCUAUUUAAUCCGAAUAGAAAACCUCACGAUGGACCGCGUUCAACUUCGUGAACGCUUUUUGAAAAUUUUCUCAAUAUCUGGAAACCUUGAGUCAAUCGGAGGAAAAGGAGUUGUAGGGAUGCAACCUGUCCUUUCUCCAGAAUGUCCAGUUUUCCAGUAUCACAGCCACAUCCACUUCCCUGUGGAGUGGGCACACAUGUGGGGAACGUUUCGGUUUGAAAGACACAAUGGUACUAGUUUAGAUGUUAAAAUACCAUCUUUUCCGCUGCAUGAUCCCACGUGUUAUUCAAACUCGAGUAACGAAAACCUUGAUUAAUUAUCCACAAUCAUCUUCGUACAAGCCCGGUUACCUGAUUUUGACACUCCAAAGACAACUGUAUGUCUGUUUAAACGACUGCAGCACACACCGAAAAAUUGUAAUCAUAAUAAAUAAAAGGUUUAGAUUUCUAUCGAAAUUCCAUUUAUUU